AAAGGGGAAUGGUACCCUCAGGGUGCUGCCCUGCUCCAUCAUCACAGGAGCAGAACAAGUGGAGAAAUCAUGAAUCAUCACUGAGGGCCUGAAGUCGAAGCUUAGAUUUGUUACAGACUAUUUAAUUGCUCAGCCCUGUUGCUUUACAUACAGUCUGCCCGUAACAGCUGACAUUCGUGUAAAACACUGAAGUUGUUUGUGUCAACGUCGCAGAACCGGUGGCCUAAUUUCUGUGGCUGUGGCGUUAGCUGUAGCUACCAAGCUCAGUUAAACUUGCAAACACUUUUUGUGAAAGAUGGCUGACAACGGAGCACACCCAGCGGAAGAGGACCCAGCUGCAGCUUUCCUGGCCCAACAGGAGAGCGAGAUAGCGGGGAUAGAGAAUGACGGCGAGGGAUUUGGGUCGCUGGAAGAGGCAGACGACCAACAACAGCCGCCGCCGCAGCAGCCGUCCGCCAACUAUGACGCUUUCGGAGACGAGCCGGCCACACUGAACGGGGAUAUGUUUCAGGAGUCCAAUGGUCCAACAGACAACUACGCAGCCAUCGCCCAGGUGGAUAUUCAGAGGCAAGAGCCGGAGAGUUUACGCAAGUGGAGGGAGGAGCAGAAGACACGCCUUGAGGCAUUAGACUCGGCAUCCAAGGCGGCGGAGGCAGAGUGGAGAGAGAAAGCCAAAAAGGAGCUGGAGGACUGGCAUGUACACCAGAGUGAGCAGAUGGAGAAGAACAAGGCCAACAACAGACUCUGUCCAAGUCUGGCACGGAUCGCUGACAAGGCUUUCUACAAACAGCCCAACUCUGAUGUUAUAGGCUUUGUAGCAUCGGAGGAGGCUUUCCUGGCAGAAAGCGACGGCGACAGCCCAGGAUCCGAAUGGGAGAGAGUAGCCCGUCUCUGUGACUUCAAUCCGAAAACCAACAAACAGGCAAAGGAUGUUUCUCGAAUGCGUUCUGUCCUCAUCUCUCUCAAACAGACACCUCUCGUUCGCUAGAGGAGGUCGCAGGGAGGAUUUUGUUCUAGAAACAUACUUUUAACCUCACAUAGCAUCAGAAGAGUUUGUAUGCCCUUUUCCAUAAAAUUCCUGGUAUGUUUAUAACCUUUGAAAACUUUCCGCCUUUCUUGAUGCCUAUUAUAUUGAAAUAAUAUACUUAAUCCCACUCUCUUGUGAGAAGAUGAAGGACUGCUCUAUUGUUGCGACAUCCUUUAGCUGGUUACCACUGCUAUACUUAAGAAAAUAUUGUUACUGUAAGUUAAACAUUUUCUUUCCCCUUUAACUUAUAAAAUGUUAUUAGGUCAGCUUUUUUUUCUUUUUGCAUGCCUCUGCCAAUAUUUUGGAUGCACAAUUUUUAGUUGUUUUAUAAAUUUGCAUCUUGGUCGAUGUCAAAAAGUUACUUAUUAAGCACUAUUGCAUAUUAGAUUGUAACCACGUAUGCCUCUCAUCAAUGUAGAAUUAUAAACACACAGUCUUUGUUCACAUUUGUUGUAUUAUAUCCCUAAUUACCAUAUUUAACGUAGCUUAAUGUUUCUCUUUCAAAUGCAUAAGCUUGUGGCCUUUUUUUGAUGUAGCUCUUACUCCAGUUUCGAGUAUUUAGCCAGAUGAAUUUCCUCUUCAAUUAGGCAAAAAAAGAAUAAAUCACAACCAAAGAUUUCUGCUAUCAUCUAAAUUUGCAGAGUUCACGUGAUUGACAGCUUGUGCGAUUUCAUCAUUUCACAGAUUUCUUCUCAGCAGCUGUUUCCUGAACUAUUUCUGUUACACAAGUAUGUUUCAGACUCUUUUUUUAAAGCAGCAAUCAAUAAGGUGUCAAUUUCAACAGUAAUGUCUGCACAUUGUUUCACAUGUUGCCUAUUUGGACAUUAUGUAAUGUUAAAAGGGAACUGGAAAAUAAAAAACAGUCGAGUACGAUCACCUAAAGUAAUUUGUCCUUACGUAUUUUCCCCGGCUUCGAACUGCCAUCAAAACGCACCGGAGAUAAUCACUUGAAUCCCAGUUAGCCCAGUUGAUGUGUGAGGAGCUGGAAUUACUGGUGGCCCAGUGCCAACAUCCACCCGGUGCAUACGCUCAGACAUUGCUGAAGGCUGUGUUACUGUGAAAUAAGUGUACACGAGGGAUUCACCCAUAAUCGUCAAAUGUUAGUUUAAAGGAGCACAGCAGUAAAUUCGGUUUUGGUCCUUUAAUCUAUGAAGGCAUGAUUCUAAUUUGAUACCACAGUCGCACAUCACUGGCGGCUGAAAUGCCUCUGCAUAAGUAAAGUGAUUUCACAAAGUGCUGUUACUAUUUGGAGCCCUCGUACUCGAGCAUUUUCAAGUGAAAUUGAAAGUCUGAGUGUUUAAGGUGGACAUUGAGACUGGGCCUGUCUGAUGUCUGAACGCCUCCUCCCAUUAAUCUACUCACCCAGGCCGUUAAUAUAAGAAUAAAAACUGUGCUACAAUGAAUUUCCCCACUGAUUUUUUUUUUUUAAAUAAAGGUUGAAGGAGUAGACGUCCCCUGAA